GUAGAUUCCCGUGUUCAUUCCCCAACCACUACGUACACACCGCGUAAUCGUAAAGCAUAGUUCGAUCAUCGAAGGCCCAAAGCAAAAGUCAAAGGUCAAAUCGAAUCACUAUAGAGAGAGAGAGAGAGAGAGAGAACGAGCGAUCAGAUUGAGUUUUUAGAGAGAGAUUCACCGGAAUUCACUUGGCCUUUGUUGAUCGAGCAAGAUGAGUUUCCUCUUCGGCAAUCGGAAGACUCCCGCAGAACUUCUGCGGGAAAAUAAGAGGAUGCUGGACAAAUCUAUCAGAGAAAUAGAAAGAGAGAGACAAGGCUUACAAGCGCAAGAGAAAAAGUUGAUUGUAGAGAUAAAGAAAAGUGCCAAGCAAGGACAGAUGGGAGCUGUUAAGGUGAUGGCAAAAGACCUUAUUAGAACACGUCAUCAGGUUGAAAAAUUUUAUAAGCUAAAAUCCCAGCUCCAGGGUGUAGCUCUUAGAAUUCAGACUUUGAAGUCAACACAAGCCAUGGGGGAGGCAAUGAAAGGUGUCACAAAAGCAAUGGGCCAGAUGAAUAGGCAGAUGAACUUGCCAUCUCUCCAGAGAAUAAUGCAAGAAUUUGAGAGGCAGAAUGAGAAAAUGGAAAUGGUUACCGAAGUCAUGGGAGACGCCAUUGAUGAUGCUUUGGAAGGAGAUGAGGAAGAAGAAGAAACGGAAGAGCUCGUGAAUCAAGUCCUUGAUGAGAUUGGAAUUGAUAUGAAUUCAGAGCUUCUGAAUGCACCAUCAUCUGCCGUGGCCGCCCCAGCUGCAAAGAACAAGGUGGUUGCACAAGCUGAAGCAACUGGAAACGACGACACUGGGAUAGACAGUGAUUUACAGGCAAGGUUAGACAAUUUGAGAAAAAUGUAGUUUACUUGUGCAGUAGUUGGAAGUUGAAAAAUUGGUGUAUCCUUGUAACGUUUGUGAAGAAUCUAUGAACUCAUGGUUUGGUACAGCUGAUGCUGCAAUAAAAUUAUGUUUUGACGUCUCA